AUGAGCAGAGUCGCCGAUCUCCCUUCAAGAGGCCACUUCUCUGCUGCUGGCGAUAGACAGCGAAAUAUACCCGUGCUCAACUCAUCUGUGCCGGCGGCAGCUGACGCUAAUCGCGGUGAUCAGAUGGAGGUGACAACGGCCGCGCCGGAUGGCGAUAAUGCAAACGGCUCUUCAGACAACAUGGGCCAUAUGAAUGCUUCAGGCAGUGGUCAAUCGCUAGGGGCCGCUGCUGCCGCGCAACAACCAAAAGUUGUCCAGACGGCGUUUAUACACAAGUUAUACAAUAUGCUCGAGGAUCAGAGUAUUCAACAUCUUAUUUCCUGGUCCAGUUCCAACGAAAGCUUCGUCAUGUCUCCAACCUCCGAAUUCUCCAAAGUUUUGGCACAAUACUUCAAACACACCAACAUUUCGUCUUUUGUACGGCAAUUGAACAUGUACGGGUUUCACAAAGUAAGCGACGUCUUUCAUACAAGCUCCCCUGAUUCAGCACUCUGGGAAUUCAAACAUGGAAAUGGAAACUUCAAAAGAGGCGACUUAAUUGGUCUUCGUGAAAUUAAACGACGGGCUUCUCGACAUACUUUGAUACAUCGAGAUUCUUUUUCCAAUAAUAAACCAGGCGUGUCGCAACCGGGGACUCCAGCCGAGCCAAUACCGGAGUCUGGGGAUAUGCGGUUGCUAUCUUUGGAGAGCACUCUUUACGAGAUGCACAGUCGAAUGCAGCGAUGGGAAGAGACCAAUUAUAUGUUGAGCUCGCGGUGUCAAGCGCUGGCGGAGUGUCUCGUCAGAUGUCAUCAAUGGACAAAUUCAAUCUCACAGGUCCUCGUCGCUAUGAACCAAGACCGGGACAGUGCUUUAUAUCGUGAUGUAUGCGAUAUGCAACAAGAAAUUGAACGACAUCUAGAUAGCACGCGUGCUUUGGAGACACCUCACGAGACUCUGUUGGCUAGCCGGCAACAACCAUUCUUUGGAAAUGUAGCAGAAGCAGGGCCGCCGCUUUCUCCACGUCAAAUGCCUCAAGACGACAGCCGCCGUCCUUCAUUUGCGGAUACCUCGAAGCCCAUGAGAACCCAUGUUUCACAGCAUCUAGCUGUCUCUCCUCGUCGGUAUGGAUCAACUGGUGCAGGUCAUUUUUCGCCAGGUUAUAGUCGUCCACCGCUUCCUCCCCAACAACAGCAGCAACCCCCAAUACCUCCACCUAUAUCUACGGCCACGUCGCCCUCGGAUUCGGCAAUGCUUGCACGUCGACAUACGUCAGCAGAUAUCCGUCAGCAUGGAUGGCCACCGAGUGGGAUACAGACCGCAGGAAACUCGUCAGGACCAUGGCCAUCCUCUCCGCAUCGACUCCCGACAUCCAGCGAGCAACAGGUCCGCGACGUCCUGGCGCAGUAUGAAAUCACAGGGUCAAGACGACGAAUCCAGUUAUCGCGACAAGCAACACCGCCUUUAGGACCGCCAGAUCAACCGGGACCACCAACAUUAUCUGCGUCUGCAUCAUCACAGCAUCUCACCGUGGAUCCGGCGUGGUCAGCUGGAAGUAGCAAUGGAGGUCCGCGGUAUCCGCGAUAUGACAAUUCACUCCCAGCAACACGUCGGUCCAGCAUGGCGAGUAAUGUACAUUCCUUACUUAAUCCAACUGAUACCAGCGAACGACCUGAAGAAGAUGAUCAAAUACUUGAAGAUCGUAAACGGAAACGACUUCAGUAAUUUUCUUCUCCCCCCCCCCUUUGCUUACUUUCUUCGCGAGUUUAUACAUUAAUACCACGACAUAUAU